AUGGUCGUGGACGUGGACGUGGACGUGGACGUGGACGUGGACAUGGUCGUGGACGUGGACGUGGACGUGGACGUGGACGUGGACGUGGACGUGGACGUGGAUGUGGACGUGGAGGACAUGGACGUGGACGUGAACACGGACAUGGACGUGGACGUGGACGUGGACGUGGACGUGGACGUGGACGUGGACAUGGACGUGGACGUGGACAUGGACGUGGACUUUGACGUGGAUGUGGACGUGGACGUGGACGUGGACGUGGACGUGGACGUGGACGUGGACAUGGACGUAGACGUCGACGUGGACGUGGACGUGGACGUGGACGUCGACGUGGACGUGGACGUGGACGUAGACGUGGAAGUGGACGUGGACGUGGACAUGGACAUGGACGUGGACGUGGACGUGGACGUAGACGUGGACGUGGACGUGGACGUGGACGUAGACGUGGACGUGGACGUGGACGUGCACGUCGACGUGGACAUGGUCGUGGACGUGGACGUGGACGUGGACAUGGUCGUGGACGUGGACGUGGACGUGGACGUGGACGUGGACGUGGAGGACAUGGACGUGGACGUGAACACGGACGUGGACGUGGACGUGGACGUGGACGUGGACAUAGACAUGGACGUGGACGUGGACAUGGACGUGGACUUGGACGUGGAGGUGGACGUGGACAUUGGACGUGGACACGUGGACGUGGACGUGGUCGUGGACAUGGACGUAGACGUGGACAUGGACGUCGACAUGGACGUGGACAUGGACGUGGACGUGGACGUAGACAUGGACGUGGACAUGGACGUGGACGUGAAUGUGGACAUGGACGUGGACGUGGACGUGUACAUGGACGUGGACAUGGACGUGGACGUGGACGUGGACAUGGACGUGGACGUGGACGUGGACGUGGUCGUGGACGUGGACAUGGGCGUGGACGUGGACGUGGACAUGGGCGUGGACGUGGACGUGGACGUCGACGUGGACGUGGACAUGCACGUGGACGUGGACGUGGACAUGGACGUGGACGUGGACGUGGACGACAUGUACAUGGACGUGGACGUAGACGAGGACAUGGACGUGGACGUGGACGUGGACGUGGACGUGGACAUGGACGUGGACGUGGACGUGGACGUGGGCGUGGACAUGGACGUGGACGUGGACGUGGACGUGGACGUGGACGUGGGCGUAGACAUGGACGUGGACGUGGACGUGGACGUGGUCGUGGACGCGGACGUGGACGUCGACGUGGACGUGGACGUGGACGUGGACGAGGACGUGGACGUGGACGUGGAGGAGGACGUGGAUGUGGACGUGGACGUGGACGUGGACGUCGACGUCGACGUGGACGUGGAGGUGGACGUGGACGUGGACGUGGACGUGGACGUGGAGGUGGACUUGGACGUGGACGUGGACGUGGACGUGGACGUGGACGUAGACGUGGACGUGGACAUGGACAUGGACGUGGAAGUGGACGUGGACGUGGACGUGGACGUGGAUGUAGACAUGGACGUGGACGUGGACGUGGACGUGGAAGUGGACGUGGACAUGGACGUGUACGUGGAAGUGGACGUAGACGUGGACGUGGACGUGGACAUGGACGUGGACGUGGACGUGGACGUGGACGUAGACAUGGACGUGGACAUGGACAUGGACGUGGACGUGGACCUGGACGUGGACGUGGACGUGGACGUAGACGUGGACGUGGACGUGGACGUGCACGUGGACGUGGACAUGGUCGUGGACGUGGACGUGGACGUGGACGUGGACAUGGUCGUGGACGUGGACGUGGACAUGGACGUGGACGUGGACAUGGACGUGGACCUGGAUGUGGACGUGGACAUGGACAUGGACGUGGACGUGGACAUAAACAUGGACUUGGACGUCAACGUGGACGUGGACGUGGACGUGGACGUGGACAUGGACGUGGACGUGGACUUGGACGUGGACAUGGACGUGGACAUGGACGUGGACGUGGACGUGGACAUGGACGUGGACGUGGACGUGGACGUGGUCGUGGACGUGGACAUGGGCGUGGACGUGGACGUGGACGUGGACAUGGGCGUGGACGUGGACGUGGACGUCGACGUGGACGUGGACAUGGACGUGGACGUGGACGUGGACAUGGACGUGGACGUGGACGUGGACGUAAACGUGAACGUGGACGUGGACGUGGACAUGGAGGUGGACGUUGAUGUAGACGUGGACGAGGACAUGGACGUGGACGUGGACGUAGACGAGGACAUGGACGUGGACGUGGACGUGGACGUGGACGUGGACAUGGACGUAGACGUGGACGUGGACGUGGACGUGGACGUGGACAUGGACGUGGACGUGGACGUGGACGUGGACGUGGACGUGGACGUGGACGUGGACGUAGACCUGGACGUGGACGUGGACGUGGACGUGGACGUGGUCGUGGACGCGGACGUGGACAUGGACGUGGACGUGGACGUGGACGUGGACGAGGACGUGGACGUGGACGUGAAGGAGGACGUGGACGUGGACGUGGACGUGGACGUGGACGUCGACGUCGACGUGGACGUGGAGGUGGACGUGGACGUGGACGUGGACGUGGAGGUGGACUUGGACGUGGACGUGGACGUGGACGUGGACGUGGACGUGGACGUAGACGUGGACGUGGACAUGGACAUGGACGUGGAAGUGGACGUGGACGUGGACGUGGACGUAGACAUGGACGUGGACGUGGACGUGGACGUGGAAGUGGACGUGGACAUGGACGUGGACGUGGACGUGGACGUAGACGUGGACGUGGACGUGGACAUGGACGUGGACGUGGACGUGGACGUGGACGUGGACGUAGACAUGGACGUGGACAUGGACAUGGACGUGGACGUGGACCUGGACGUGGACGUGGACGUGGACGUAGACGUGGACGUAGACGUGGACGUGCACGUGGACGUGGACAUGGUCGUGGACGUGGACGUGGACGUGGACGUGGACAUGGUCGUGGACGUGGACGUGGACGUGGACGUGGACAUGGACGUGGACGUGGACGUGGACGUGGACAUGGACGUGGACGUGGACGUGGACAUGGACGUGGACGUGGACGUGGACGUGGACAUGGACGUGGACGUGGACGUGGACGUGGACGUAGACAUGGACAUGGAUAUGGACGUGGACGUGGACAUGGACGUAGACGUGGACGUGGACGUAGACGUGGACGUGGACGUGGACGUGGACGUGGACGUGGACGUAGACGUGGACGUGGACGUGGAGGUGGACGUGGACGUGGACGUGGACAUGGACGUGGACGUGCACGUGGACAUGGACGUAGACGUGGAGGACUUGGACGUGGAUAUUGAUGUGGACAUGGACAUGGACGUGGACGUGGACAUGGUCGUGGACGUGGACGUGGACGUGGACGUGGACGUGGACGUGGACAUGGACGUGGACGUGGAUGUGGUCAUGAACGUGGACGUGGACGUGGAGGACUUGGACGUGGACGUGGACAUGGACGUGGACGUGGACGUGGACGUGGACGUGGACGUGGACGAGGACGUGGACAUGGACGUGGACGUGGACGUGGACGUGGACAUGGACGUGGACGUGGACAUGGACGUGGACGUGGACGUGGAGAUGGACGUGGACAUGGACGUGGACGUGGACGUGGACAUGGACGUGGACGUGGACGUGGACGUGGACAUGGGCGUGGACGUGGACGUGGACGUGGACAUGGACGUGGAUGUAGACAUGGACGUGGACGUGGACGUGGACGUGGAAGUGGACGUGGACAUGGACGUGUACGUGGAAGUGGACGUAGACGUGGACGUGGACGUGGACAUGGACGUGGACGUGGACGUGGACGUGGACGUAGACAUGGACGUGGACAUGGACAUGGACGUGGACGUGGACCUGGACGUGGACGUGGACGUGGACGUAGACGUGGACGUGGACGUGGACGUGCACGUGGACGUGGACAUGGUCGUGGACGUGGACGUGGACGUGGACGUGGACAUGGUCGUGGACGUGGACGUGGACAUGGACGUGGACGUGGACAUGGACGUGGACCUGGAUGUGGACGUGGACAUGGACAUGGACGUGGACGUGGACAUAAACAUGGACUUGGACGUCAACGUGGACGUGGACGUGGACGUGGACGUGGACAUGGACGUGGACGUGGACUUGGACGUGGACAUGGACGUGGACAUGGACGUGGACGUGGACGUGGACAUGGACGUGGACGUGGACGUGGACGUGGUCGUGGACGUGGACAUGGGCGUGGACGUGGACGUGGACGUGGACAUGGGCGUGGACGUGGACGUGGACGUCGACGUGGACGUGGACAUGGACGUGGACGUGGACGUGGACAUGGACGUGGACGUGGACGUGGACGUAAACGUGAACGUGGACGUGGACGUGGACAUGGAGGUGGACGUUGAUGUAGACGUGGACGAGGACAUGGACGUGGACGUGGACGUAGACGAGGACAUGGACGUGGACGUGGACGUGGACGUGGACGUGGACAUGGACGUAGACGUGGACGUGGACGUGGACGUGGACGUGGACAUGGACGUGGACGUGGACGUGGACGUGGACGUGGACGUGGACGUGGACGUGGACGUAGACCUGGACGUGGACGUGGACGUGGACGUGGACGUGGUCGUGGACGCGGACGUGGACAUGGACGUGGACGUGGACGUGGACGUGGACGAGGACGUGGACGUGGACGUGAAGGAGGACGUGGACGUGGACGUGGACGUGGACGUGGACGUCGACGUCGACGUGGACGUGGAGGUGGACGUGGACGUGGACGUGGACGUGGAGGUGGACUUGGACGUGGACGUGGACGUGGACGUGGACGUGGACGUGGACGUAGACGUGGACGUGGACAUGGACAUGGACGUGGAAGUGGACGUGGACGUGGACGUGGACGUAGACAUGGACGUGGACGUGGACGUGGACGUGGAAGUGGACGUGGACAUGGACGUGGACGUGGACGUGGACGUAGACGUGGACGUGGACGUGGACAUGGACGUGGACGUGGACGUGGACGUGGACGUGGACGUAGACAUGGACGUGGACAUGGACAUGGACGUGGACGUGGACCUGGACGUGGACGUGGACGUGGACGUAGACGUGGACGUAGACGUGGACGUGCACGUGGACGUGGACAUGGUCGUGGACGUGGACGUGGACGUGGACGUGGACAUGGUCGUGGACGUGGACGUGGACGUGGACGUGGACAUGGACGUGGACGUGGACGUGGACGUGGACAUGGACGUGGACGUGGACGUGGACAUGGACGUGGACGUGGACGUGGACGUGGACAUGGACGUGGACGUGGACGUGGACGUGGACGUAGACAUGGACAUGGAUAUGGACGUGGACGUGGACAUGGACGUAGACGUGGACGUGGACGUAGACGUGGACGUGGACGUGGACGUGGACGUGGACGUGGACGUAGACGUGGACGUGGACGUGGAGGUGGACGUGGACGUGGACGUGGACAUGGACGUGGACGUGCACGUGGACAUGGACGUAGACGUGGAGGACUUGGACGUGGAUAUUGAUGUGGACAUGGACAUGGACGUGGACGUGGACAUGGUCGUGGACGUGGACGUGGACGUGGACGUGGACGUGGACAUGGACGUGGACGUGGAUGUGGUCAUGAACGUGGACGUGGACGUGGAGGACUUGGACGUGGACGUGGACAUGGACGUGGACGUGGACGUGGACGUGGACGUGGACGUGGACGAGGACGUGGACAUGGACGUGGACGUGGACGUGGACGUGGACAUGGACGUGGACGUGGACAUGGACGUGGACGUGGACGUGGAGAUGGACGUGGACAUGGACGUGGACGUGGACGUGGACAUGGACGUGGACGUGGACGUGGACGUGGACAUGGGCGUGGACGUGGACGUGGACGUGGACAUGGACGUGGACGUGGACAUGGACGUAGACGUGGACGUGGACGUGGACGUGCACGUGGACGUGGACAUGGUCGUGGACGUGGACGUGGACGUGGACGUGGACAUGGUCGUGGACGUGGACGUGGACGUGGACAUGGACGUGGACGUGGACGUGGACAUGGAUGUCGACGUGGACGUGGAGGACUUGGACGUGGACAUGGACGUGGACAUGGACGUGGACAUGGACGUGGACGUGAACAUGGACGUGGACGUGGACGUGGACGUGGACGUGGACAUGGACGUCGACAUGGACGUGGACUUGGACGUGGACGUGGACGUGGACAUGGACGUGGACGUGGACGUGGACGUGGACGUGGACGUGGACAUGGUCACAUGGACGGUGGACGUGGUCGUGGACGUGGACGUGGACGUGGGCCUCGACGUGGACGUGGGCGUGGACGUGGACGUGGACGUGGACGUGGACGUGGACGAGGACAUGGACGUGGACGUAGACGAGGACAUGGACGUGGACGUGGACGUGGACGUGGACGUGGACGUGGAGGUGGACGUGGACGUGGACGUGGACGUGGACGUGGACGUGGACGUCAACGUGGACGUGGACGUGGACGUAGACGUGGAAGUGGACGUGGACGUGGACAUGGACAUGGACGUGGACGUGGACGUGGACGUGGACGUGGACGUAGACGUGGACGUGGACGUGGACGUGGACGUGGACGUAGACGUGGACGUGGACGUUGACGUGCACGUCGACGUGGACAUGGUCGUGGACGUGGACGUGGACGUGGACGUGGACGUGGACAUGGUCGUGGACGUGGACGUGGACGUGGACGUGGACGUGGACGUGGACGUGGAUGUGGACGUGGAGGACAUGGACGUGGACGUGAACACGGACAUGGACGUGGACGUGGACGUGGACGUGGACGUGGACGUGGACAUAGACAUGGACGUGGACGUGGACAUGGACGUGGACUUUGACGUGGAUGUGGACGUGGACGUGGACGUGGACGUGGACGUGGACGUGGACAUGGACGUAGACGUCGACGUGGACGUGGACGUGGACGUGGACGUCGACGUGGACGUGGACGUGGACGUAGACGUGGAAGUGGACGUGGACGUGGACAUGGACAUGGACGUGGACUUGGACGUGGACGUAGACGUGGACGUGGACGUGGACGUGGACGUAGACGUGGACGUGGACGUGGACGUGCACGUCGACGUGGACAUGGUCGUGGACGUGGACGUGGACGUGGACAUGGUCGUGGACGUGGACGUGGACGUGGACGUGGACGUGGACGUGGAGGACAUGGACGUGGACGUGAACACGGACGUGGACGUGGACGUGGACGUGGACGUGGACAUAGACAUGGACGUGGACGUGGACAUGGACGUGGACUUGGACGUGGAGGUGGACGUGGACAUGGACGUGGACGUGGACGUGGACGUGGACAUGGACGUGGACGUGGACGUGGACGUGGACGUGGACGUGGACGUGGAUGUGGACGAGGACAUAGACGUGGACGUGGACGUGGUCGUGGACAUGGACGUAGACGUGGACAUGGACGUCGACAUGGACGUGGACAUGGACGUGGACGUGGACGUAGACGUAGAUAUGGACGUGGACGUGGACAUGGACGUGGACAUGGACGUGGUCGUGAAUGUGGACAUGGACGUGGACGUGGACGUGUACAUGGACGUGGACAUGGACGUGGACGUGGACCUGGACAUGGACGUGGACAUGGUCGUGGAUGUGGACGUGGACGUGGACGUGGACGAGGACAUGGACGUGGACGUGGACGUGGACGUGGACGUGGACAUGGACGUGGACGUGCACGUGGACAUGGACGUAGACGUGGACGUAGAGGACUUGGACGUGGAUAUGAAUGUGGACAUGGACGUGGACGUGGACGUGGACAUGGUCGUAGACGUGGACGUGGACAUGGACGUGGACGUCGACGUGGUCGUGGACGUGGACGUGGACGUAGAGGACUUGGAUGUGGACGUGGACUUGGACGUGGACGUGGACGUGGACGUGGACAUGGACGUGGACGUGGACAUGGACGUGGACAUGGACGUGGACGUGGACAUGGACAUGGACGUGGACGUGGACAUAAACAUGGACUUGGACGUCAACGUGGACGUGGACGUGGACGUGGACGUGGACAUGGACGUGGACGUGGACGUGGACGUGGACAUGGACGUGGACAUGGACGUGGACGUGGACGUGGACAUGGACGUGGACGUGGACGUGGACGUGGUCGUGGACGUGGACAUGGGCGUGGACGUGGACGUGGACAUGGGCGUGGACGUGGACGUGGACGUCGACGUGGACGUGGACAUGCACGUGGACGUGGACGUGGACAUGGACGUGGACGUGGACGUGGACGUAAACGUGAACGUGGACGUGGACGUGGACAUGGAGGUGGACGUGGACGUAGACGUGGACGAGGACAUGGACGUGGACGUGGACGUAGACGAGGACAUGGACGUGGACGUGGACGUGGACGUGGACGUGGACAUGGACGUGGACGUGGACGUGGACGUGGGCGUGGACAUGGACGUGGACGUGGACGUGGACGUGGACGUGGACGUGGGCGUAGACAUGGACGUGGACGUGGACGUGGACGUGGUCGUGGACGCGGACGUGGACGUCGACGUGGACGUGGACGUGGACGUGGACGAGGACGUGGACGUGGACGUGGAGGAGGACGUGGAUGUGGACGUGGACGUGGACGUGGACGUCGACGUCGACGUGGACGUGGAGGUGGACGUGGACGUGGACGUGGACGUGGACGUGGAGGUGGACUUGGACGUGGACGUGGACGUGGACGUGGACGUGGACGUAGACGUGGACGUGGACAUGGACAUGGACGUGGAAGUGGACGUGGACGUGGACGUGGACGUGGAUGUAGACAUGGACGUGGACGUGGACGUGGACGUGGAAGUGGACGUGGACAUGGACGUGUACGUGGAAGUGGACGUAGACGUGGACGUGGACGUGGACAUGGACGUGGACGUGGACGUGGACGUGGACGUAGACAUGGACGUGGACAUGGACAUGGACGUGGACGUGGACCUGGACGUGGACGUGGACGUGGACGUAGACGUGGACGUGGACGUGGACGUGCACGUGGACGUGGACAUGGUCGUGGACGUGGACGUGGACGUGGACGUGGACAUGGUCGUGGACGUGGACGUGGACAUGGACGUGGACGUGGACAUGGACGUGGACCUGGAUGUGGACGUGGACAUGGACAUGGACGUGGACGUGGACAUAAACAUGGACUUGGACGUCAACGUGGACGUGGACGUGGACGUGGACGUGGACGUGGACAUGGACGUGGACGUGGACUUGGACGUGGACAUGGACGUGGACAUGGACGUGGACGUGGACGUGGACAUGGACGUGGACGUGGACGUGGACGUGGUCGUGGACGUGGACAUGGGCGUGGACGUGGACGUGGACAUGGGCGUGGACGUGGACGUGGACGUCGACGUGGACGUGGACAUGGACGUGGACGUGGACGUGGACGUGGACGUGGACGUGGACAUGGACGUGGACGUGGACGUGGACGUAAACGUGAACGUGGACGUGGACGUGGACAUGGAGGUGGACGUUGAUGUAGACGUGGACGAGGACAUGGACGUGGACGUGGACGUAGACGAGGACAUGGACGUGGACGUGGACGUGGACGUGGACGUGGACAUGGACGUAGACGUGGACGUGGACGUGGACGUGGACGUGGACAUGGACGUGGACGUGGACGUGGACGUGGACGUGGACGUGGACGUGGACGUGGACGUGGACGUAGACCUGGACGUGGACGUGGACGUGGACGUGGACGUGGUCGUGGACGCAGACGUGGACAUGGACGUGGACGUGGACGUGGACGUGGACGAGGACGUGGACGUGGACGUGGAGGAGGACGUGGACGUGGACGUGGACGUGGACGUGGACGUCGACGUCGACGUGGACGUGGAGGUGGACGUGGACGUGGACGUGGACGUGGAGGUGGACUUGGACGUGGACGUGGACGUGGACGUGGACGUGGACGUGGACGUAGACGUGGACGUGGACAUGGACAUGGACGUGGAAGUGGACGUGGACGUGGACGUGGACGUAGACAUGGACGUGGACGUGGACGUGGACGUGGAAGUGGACGUGGACAUGGACGUGGACGUGGACGUGGACGUAGACGUGGACGUGGACGUGGACAUGGACGUGGACGUGGACGUGGACGUGGACGUAGACAUGGACGUGGACAUGGACAUGGACGUGGACGUGGACCUGGACGUGGACGUGGACGUGGACGUAGACGUGGACGUGGACGUGCACGUGGACGUGGACAUGGUCGUGGACGUGGACGUGGACGUGGACGUGGACAUGGUCGUGGACGUGGACGUGGACGUGGACGUGGACAUGGACGUGGACGUGGACGUGGACGUGGACAUGGACGUGGACGUGGACGUGGACAUGGACGUGGACGUGGACGUGGACAUGGACGUGGACGUGGACGUGGACGUGGACGUAGACAUGGACAUGGAUAUGGACGUGGACGUGGACAUGGACGUGGACGUGGACGUGGACGUAGACGUGGACGUGGACGUGGACGUGCACGUGGACGUGGACAUGGUCGUGGACGUGGACGUGGACGUGGACGUGGACGUGGACGUGGACAUGGUCGUGGACGUGGACGUGGAGGACUUGGACGUGGACAUGGACAUGGACGUGGACGUGAACAUGGACGUGGACGUGGACGUGGACGUGGACAUAGAUAUGGACGUGGACGUGGACAUGGACGUGGACUUGGACGUGGACGUGGACGUGGACAUGGACGUGGACGUGGACGUAGACGUGGACGUAGACGUGGACGUGGACGUGGACGUGGUCGUGGACGUGGACGUGGACGUGGACGUGGACGUGGUCGUGGACGUGGACGUGGACGUGGACGUGGACGUGGACGUGGACAUGGACGUGGACGUUGACGUGGACGUGGACGUGGACGUAGACGUGGACGAGGACAUGGACGUGGACGUGGAGGUGGACGUGGACAUGGACAUGGACGUGGACGUGGACGUGGACGUGGACAUGGACGUGGACGUGGACGUGGACGUGGACGUGGACGUGGACGUAGUCAUGGACGUGGACAUGGACAUGGAUGUGGACGUGGACAUGGACGUGGACGUGGACGUGGACGUAGACGUGGACGUGGACGUGCACGUGGACGUGGACAUGGUCGUGGACGUGGACGUGGACGUGGACGUGGACGUGGACAUGGUCGUGGACGUGGACGUGGACGUGGACGUGGACAUGGACGUGGACGUGGACGUGGACAUGGACGUGGACGUGGAGGUGGAGGACUUGGACGUGGACAUGGACAUGAACGUGGACGUGAACAUGGACGUUGACGUGGACGUGGACGUGGACGUAGACAUAGACGUGGACGUGGACGUGGACAUGGACGUGGACUUGGACGUGGACGUGGACGUGUACAUGGACGUGGACGUGGACGUAAACGUGGACGUGGACGUGGACGUGGACGUGGACGUGGUCGUGGACGUGGACGUGGACGUGGACGUGGACAUGGUCGUGGACGUGGACGUGGACGUGGACAUGGACGUGGACAUGGACGUGGACGUGGACGUGGACGGGGACAUGGACGUGGACGUGGACGUGGACGUGGACAUGGACGUGGACAUGGACGUGGACGUGGACGUGGACCUGGACGUGGACGAGGACAUAGACGUGGACGUGGACGUGGACGUGGACGUGGACAUGGACGUAGACGUGGACAUGGACGUCAACAUGGACGUGGACAUGGACGUGGACGUGGACGUAGACGUGGAUAUGGACGUGGACGUGGACAUGGACGUGGACAUGGACGUGGUCUUGAAUGUGGACAUGGACGUGGACGUGGACGUGUACGUGGACGUGGACAUGGACGUGGACGUGGACGUGGACAUGGACGUGGACGUGGACGUGGACGUGGACAUGGACGUGGACGUGGACGUGGACGUGGACAUGGACAUGGACGUGGACGUGGACGUGGACGUGGACGAGGACAUAGACGUGGACGUGGACGUGGACGUGGACAUGGACGUAGACGUGGACAUGGACGUGGACGUGGACGUGGACAUGGACAUGGACGUGGACGUAGACGUGGACGUGGACAUGGACGUGGUCGUGAAUGUGGACGUGGACGAGGACAUAGACGUGGACGUGGACGUGGACGUAGACGUGGACGUGGACGUGGACGUGGACGUAGACAUGGACGUGGACAUGGACGUGGACAUGGACGUGGACAUGGACGUGGACGUGGACGUGGACGUGGACAUGGACGUGGACAUGGACGUGGAGGACUUGGACGUGGACAUGGACAUGGACGUGGACGUGAACAUGGACGUGGACGUGGACGUGGACGUGGACAUAGACGUGGACGUGGACGUGGACAUGGACGUGGACUUGGACGUGGACGUGGACGUGGACAUGGUCGUGGACGUGGACGUGGACGUGGACGUGGACGUGGACGUGGUCGUGGACGUGGACGUGGACGUGGACGUGGACGUGGACAUGGACGUGGACGUGGACGUUGACGUGGACGUGGACGUGGACGUGGACAUGGACGUGGACGUAGACGUGGACGUGGACGUGGAGGUGGACGUGGACAUGGACGUGGACGUGGACGUGGACGUGGACGUGGACGUAGACAUGGACGUGGACGUGGACGUGGACGUGGACGUAGACAUGGACAUGGACAUGGACAUGGACGUGGACGUGGACAUGGACGUGGACGUGGACGUGGCAUGGACGUGGACGUGGACGUGGACGUGGACAUGGUCACGUGGACGUGGACAUGGACGUGGACGUGGACGUGACGUGGACGUGGACGUGGACAUGGACGUGGACUUGGACGUGGACGUGGACAUGGACGUGGACGUGGACGUAGACGUGGACGUGGACGUGGACGUGGACGUGGACAUGGUCGUGGACGUGGACGUGGACGUGGACGUGGACAUGGUCAUGGACGUGGACGUGGACGUGGACGUGGACGUGGACAUGGACGUGGACGUGGACGUGGACAUGGACGUUGACGUGGACGUGGACGUGGACGUGGACAUGGACGUGGACGUGGACGUAGACGUGGACGUGGACAUGGACGUGGAUGUGGACGUGGACGUGGACGUGGACGAGGACAUAGACGUGGACCGGGACGUGGACGUGGACGUGGACAUGGACGUAGACGUGGACAUGGACGUCGACAUGGACGUGGACAUGGACGUGGACGUGGACGUAGACGUGGAUAUGGACGUGGACGUGGACAUGGACGUGGACAUGGACGUGGUCGUGAAUGUGGACAUGGACGUGGACGUGGACGUGUACGUGGACGUGGACAUGGACGUGGAGGUGGACGUGGACGUGGACGUGGACGUGGACGUGGACGUGGAUGUGGACGUGGACGUGGACGUGGACAUGGACGUGGACGUGGACGUGGACGUGGACGUGGACAAGGACAUAGACGUGGACGUGGACGUGGACGUGGACGUGGACAUGGACGUACACGUGGACAUGGACGUGGACGUGGACGUGGACAUGGACGUGGACGUGGACGUAGACGUGGACGUGGACAUCGACGUGGUCGUGAAUGUGGACGUGGACGAGGACAUAGACGUGGACGUGGACGUGGACGUGGACGUAGACGUGGACGUGGACGUGGACGUGGACGUAGACAUGGACGUGGACAUGGACAUGGACGUGGACGUGGACGUGGACGUGGACAUGGACGUGGACGUGGACGUGGACGUGGACGUGGACGAGGAGAUAGACGUGGACGUGGACGUGGACGUGGACGUGGACAUGGACGUAGACGUGGACAUGGACGUGGACAUAGACGUGGACAUGUACGUGGACGUGGACGUAGACGUGGAUAUGGACGUGGACGUGGACAUGGACGUGGACAUGGACGUGGUCGUGAAUGUGGACAUGGACGUGGACGUGGACGUGUACGUGGAUGGGACAUAG